AACCUCGGGCUCCCGGAGCCAGCGGUCCAGACGGCGGCGCCGCGCGGGGGGCCGGGAUCGGGCGGCUGGAGGCUGCGAGGCGGGAGGCGGCGGAGGAGGCGGAGGCCGGCCGGAGCCCCGAGCGCGCCCCAGUCUCGCUCGCAGCCCGGAGCUCGGGGCUCGGCGCCCUCCCGGCCCGCGUGCCCGCGCGGCCACAUGGCUCCUCUCCGCGCGCGGCUGUCCUGCCUGCUGCUCUUGCACUGUGCGCUCUGCGCCAACGCGGGCAGCAGGACCCCAGAGUUGCGCUUCUCAAGAAAGCUCAGUGACUAUGGUGUGACAGUGCCCUGCAGCACAGAUUCUCAGGGACGCUUCCUCUCCCACGUGGUAUCUGGGCCACCAGCAGCCUCCUCAGGGAGUACAGAGGUGGACAGACCACCCGCACCACUGUCACACUCCGGUCACCUGCGGGUGGCUCGAAGCCCACUGCGCCCCAAAGGAGUGACCUUGCAGCCUGGCAGCGGGAGGCGCUCCUCCCUCUACUUCAACGUCACUGUUUCUGGGGAGGAACUGCACUUACACCUGCGGCCCAACCGGCGGCUGGUGGUGCCCGGAGCCUCGGUGGAGUGGCAGGAGGAUUUUCGGGAGCUGUUCCGUCAGCCCUUGCAGAGGGAGUGUGUCUACACCGGGGGUGUCACGGGCAUGCCAGGGGCAGCUGUCGCCAUCAGCAACUGUGACGGAUUGGCGGGCCUCAUCCGCACAGACAGCACUGACUACUUCAUUGAGCCCCUGGAGCGGGGGCAGCAGGAGACGGAGGCCAGCGGGAGGAUGCACGUGGUGUACCGCCGGGAAGUCAUCCAGCAGGCGUGGACAGAGCCUCUCGGGGACCUUCACAAUGAAGCUUUUGGCCUGGGUGACCUUCCCAACCUGCUGGGCCUGGUGGGGGACCGGCUGGGAGAAGCAGAGCGGAAGCGGCGACAUGCCAAGCCGGGCAGUUACAGCAUGGAGGUGCUGCUGGCGGUGGACGACUCGGUGGUGCGCUUCCACGGGAAGGAGCACGUGCAGAACUACGUCCUCACCCUCAUGAACAUCGUGGAUGAGAUUUACCACGAUGAGUCCCUGGGGGUCCACAUAAACAUCGCCCUUGUCCGCUUGAUCAUGGUUGGCUACCGACAGUCCCUGAGCCUGAUCGAGCGUGGGAACCCUUCUCGCAGCCUGGAGCAGGUGUGUCGCUGGGCGCAGUCUCAGCAGCGCCAGGACCCCGGCCACGCGGAGCACCACGACCACGUCGUCUUCCUCACCCGGCAGGACUUUGGGCCCUCAGGGUACGCGCCUGUUACUGGCAUGUGCCACCCCCUGAGAAGCUGUGCCCUUAACCACGAAGACGGCUUCUCCUCGGCCUUCGUGGUGGCCCACGAGACCGGCCACGUGCUCGGCAUGGAGCACGAUGGUCAGGGGAACGGCUGCGCAGAUGAGACCAGCCUGGGCAGCGUCAUGGCGCCCCUGGUGCAGGCUGCCUUCCACCGCUUCCACUGGUCCCACUGCAGCAAGCUGGAACUCAGCCGCUACCUCCCCUCCUAUGACUGCCUCCUUGAUGAUCCCUUUGCACCUGCCUGGCCCCGGCCCCCGGAGCUGCCCGGCAUUGACUACUCAAUGGACGAGCAGUGCCGCUUUGACUUCGGCACUGGGUACCACACCUGCUCAGCGUUCAGGACCUUCGAGGCCUGCAAGCAGCUGUGGUGCAGCCAUCCUGACAACCCUUACUUCUGCAAGACCAAGAAGGGGCCCCCGCUGGACGGGACGGAGUGUGCGCCAGGCAAGUGGUGCUUCAAAGGUCACUGCAUCUGGAAGUCGCCGGAGCAGACUUAUGGCCAGGAUGGAGGCUGGAGCUCCUGGACUAAGUUCGGGUCAUGUUCACGGUCGUGUGGGGGCGGGGUUCGAUCCCGUAGCCGGAGCUGUGACAAUCCCCCCCCAGCCUAUGGAGGCCGCCUGUGCUCGGGGCCCACGUUCCAGUACCAGGUCUGCAACGGCGAGGAGUGUCCGGGGCACUACGAGGACUUCCGGGCCCAGCAGUGCGCCAAGCGCAACUCCUAUUACGUCCACCAGAAUGCCAAGCACAGCUGGAUCCCCUACGAGCCGGACGACGACGCCCAGAAGUGUGAGCUGAUCUGCCAGUCAGAGGACACAGGGGACGUGGUCUUCAUGAACCAGGUGGUCCACGACGGGACUCGCUGCAGCUACCGGGACCCGUACAGCGUCUGUGCCCGCGGCGAGUGUGUGCCCGUCGGCUGUGACAAGGAGGUGGGGUCCAUGAAGGCAGAUGACAAGUGUGGGGUCUGUGGCGGCGACAACUCCCACUGCAGGACUGUGAAGGGGACUCUGGGCAAGGCCUCCAAGCAGGCAGGAGCUCUCAAGCUGGUGCAGAUCCCAGCAGGUGCCAGGCACAUCCAGGUUGAGGAGCUGGAGAAGGUCCCCCACCACAUUGCGGUGAAGAACCAGGUCACAGGCAGCUUCAUCCUCAACCCCAAGGGCAAGGAACCCACGAGCCGGACCUUCACUGCAAUGGGCCUGGAGUGGGAGUACGCGGUGGAGGACGCCAAGGAGAGCCUCAAGACCAGUGGGCCCCUGCCGGAAGCCAUUGCCGUCCUGGUGCUCCCCCCAGCUGAGGGUGGCCCCCGCAGCAGCCUGGCCUACAAGUACGUCAUCCACGAGGACCUGCUGCCCCUUAUCGGGAGCAACAACGUGCUCCUGGAGGAGACGGACACCUACGAGUGGGCACUCAAGAACUGGGCACCCUGCACCAAGGCCUGCGGAGGAGGGAUCCAGUUCACCAAGUACGGCUGCCGGCGCCGACGAGACCACCACAUGGUCCAGCGGCACCUGUGCGACCACAGGAAGAGGCCCAAGCCCAUCCGCCGGCGCUGCAACCAGCACCCGUGUGCCCAGCCUGCGUGGAUGACGGAGGAGUGGGGCACCUGCAGCCGGAGUUGUGGGAAGCUGGGGGUGCAGACUCGGGGAGUGCAGUGCCUGCUGCCCCUCCCCAACGGUACCCACAAGGCCAUGCCGGCCAAGGCCUGCCCCGGGGACCGGCCCGAGGCCCGCCGGCCCUGCCACCGCGUGCCCUGUCCAGCCCAGUGGCGGACGGGAGCCUGGUCCCAGUGCUCCGUCACUUGCGGAGAGGGCGUCCAGCUGCGGCAGGUGGUGUGCCGGGCCAACGCCAGCAGUCUGGGGCAGUGUGAGGGGGACAAGCCGGACACGGUCCAGGUCUGCAGUCUGCCCGCCUGCGGAGAAAAUCUCCAGAAUUCCACAGUGGGGGCUGACGUCCGGGAACUUGUGACCCCAGACGGGGAGUGGGUGCCACAGUCGGGGCCCCUAGAUCCCAUCAACAAGAUAUCAUCAACGGAGCCCUGUGUGGAGGACAGGUCCAUCUUCUGCCAGAUGGAAGUGCUUGGUCGCUACUGCUCCAUCCCCGGCUACCACCGGCUGUGCUGUGAGUCCUGUACCACGAAGGCCUCGGGCCCUGAUGCGAGCCCGGACCCCAGCCUGGCCUCACCACCACCCUUCUCCACUCCUGGGAGCCCCUUCCGAGGACCCAAGGCCCCUCCAGAGGCUGUGGAGCCCACUGUGGGACCAGCGGGAUCAGACGGCCAUCAGCAUGGCCGAGCCACACAGCUCCCAGGACCUCUGGGCACAAGCUCCCCAGUGAGCCAGCGCCGCUUUGCUGCCCAGAAACGGAACCCUACAGUGUUCUGGGGCACUUCUCCUAGUGCCCCCCGGGGACUGCCCUGGGGCUGGGCUGGGGCCCCUACACCAGUCUCUGAAGAUAAGGGGCAGCUCAGGGAAGACCCGAAGCAUCCAGGCACCAGCCUUCCCACCACCUCCCCGGUGACAUGAGCCUCGCCUUGCCCAUCCCUCCGGUCAAGUUUACACUCUCUGUGCUGCCCCAGACAUCCCGGCUCAGAGGACACACAGCGGGGCUGGGGCAAGCACGGACUGCCUUUUAAAUUAUUUGCCUUCUUAUUGUUCUAGUUUGGGGCUGUGACACUUUUCACCCCAUGAAGUGGGUCUAUGAGGAAGAAACAGAUCAGGGAAAGCCCUAACCGGAGAUACCUCAGCAAGCAGCCCAGGUGACCGAAUCGAACCUCUCAGGGGCUCCUGGCUGUCUCUCCUGCCAGGACUGAGGGCCAGCUAAGUCCCCCCAACACACACACACACACACACACACACACACACACACACACACACACCAUACCCACUGGCGGCAGUGUCCACACACACACACACACACACACACACACCCCAUACCCACUGGCGGCAGUGUACACACACACACACACACACACACACACACACACACACACACACCAUACCCACUGGCGGCAGUGUCCACACACACACACACACACACACACACACAGCCACCGGGCCUCACACUGCCUCCCUUUGCCAGAAAUUGUGGGGACCCCUGUGGAGACCCCGAGUACCGGGCUCCUCUGCCAAGAGGGGCAAAGCCCGGCCGGGGAAGGUCGGGGGAACCCUCACAGGGUGGUCCAAGAGGAAGUGGCUGGGGCCGAAUGUGGUCGUGAGGCUCCAGCUGCAGGGCUAGGGUGGGCGGGAGGCCAGUUCAUCUCAGACCCAGCUCUUCAUAGCGAGAGCUCCAGACAGCUCCUCUGGCCAUGGCCAAAGGGCAGAGUCCACCUUGCACUUGCUGGCUGGAGGGCCAUGUUGGUGGCCACCUCUGCCCCUGAAGAUGGCAUUUCCUAUUACUUCUGGUGCCUCCAGUUUACAGGUGGGCCUGUUAACCUCACCCCAGGCCCCCCUGAGAAGGGGGCUCUGGACACUCGGGAACAUGUGUCCUCAUCACCCAGGGGGUCCCCAGCUGGUGCUCGGCCCCCUGGCUGGACCAGGAACGGCAACUGUGGUCGUCACUCGGGUGCGUGAAGAGAGCACGGGCUGGAAGGUGACUUUGUGGGGCACAGAGGAGACGUGAGUUCUCAGGCUGAGCCCUGCCAAUCAUUGCCCUCUACCAGAGACCGCUCCUGCUGGAGUCAGGCGUCUUCUUCUCCCGCCUGGCUUAAGCUGGACUGGAGGUCCAUUCGUGGUACUGGGUGCGGGUGCGGGGGUGACCAGGCUCCAGGGCUGAGGACCGGAGUCCACUCAUAGCCGGGUCCUGGAGAUGACAAGGGCCCCAAGUGCCCCUCGUGCAGGUGGGGAGGAGACAGCACUGUGGAGCCUCAGCUGCACCCAUGUUACCUCCAAGGGCAGGUAACUUCCCUGGGCCCUCUGGCCCUCAGGAAGCCACCCGGUUCCCGGGACCUCUCCCAGGGCUCCUCACUCUAAGUCAUGCAGAGGGUCUCCCAGACUCCUCAGCAGGCCGUAGAGGUGCUGGCUAGUUCUUCUGUUCCAGGGCGAGGCGGCCACUCUGAGCCAGGCUAGAGGAAUAGGAGCAGUGGUCCCCGGGCGGCAACCCCCGGAGAGUGGAGGCCCUAGAGGGGCUCCCCAGGUGCCCUCUCCACCCGCUGCCUGCCCCCUCCCGGCAAGGCUGGGGCACACACUGAACCAUUCCUGCGCGACCCAGCCUGCCUGUGUUAAGUGCCUUUGAGAUCCAGAUCCUUACAAUUUUAUGUAUUUAUUAACAUUGUCCUUGGUGUUUGUUUUGGACCCCAGAACGUUGUGCUGUGUUUUUCUUUUUCUCUCUGUUUUAGUGGAAAGGGCCAGCAAAGCCAGAGCUCUAAUGUGCUGGGCUGGUAAGAUGAUUGGGGCUGGGGGUGGACAGGGAGGGGACAGAGCCACGAGAAGACGGCCCCAGCCUCCCCGCCGUGGCCCCGCUUGCUCUGGGGCUCCUCUAAACAUCACCUCAGGGUGGGGAGGCAAGAAUGGGCCUGGGGGUCCUACUUAGGCUCCUGCACCCAGUAGCUGUGUGGCCUCGGGCAAGUCACCGUCCAGAACUUGGUCCAAAGGGUGGAAGCACCUGGGAGGUAAUUUGGGGGUCGGCAUAGAGAAGGACGUUCUAAUGAACUUUCAAACACACGGGGUGUCUCCCUUGGAAGGUGGUGAGCGCUCUUUCCCUGGAAAAGUCCGUGCAGGCUGAGGGUGCCAGACAGGAGGUGGAAGGAAUGUGAUGCCUCUUACUGGGCAGGGAGGGCCGACAUGCAAGGUGCUGUAUAAUUUCAAACUACCCCUUGCCCAUGACAGACAUCAUUAAUCCUUACCACACCCUUUCAACGAGUGUAUCACAGGCCCCUCCCUGACAUUUGUGGGGCCCAGGGCAAGAGGAGACCCCUGUCCAGGGACCUCACACACCUGUGUGUGUCUAGGCCUCAAGUCCAAGCUCCAUUUACAUCCCUGUGCAAACAGCUUCCCCUUGGAAACUGCCCCUUCUAAACAGCUACCACUUGGGCCUAGGGGUGCCUACAUGGUGACCCAGCCACACCUUAGGGGGACUGACCUAGGGAGAUGCUACCACAGGCCCUAGAUUUGGGACUGUUCGGGCGGGGCAUUCUGUGGGCCAUUGUACUCAGAGUGUAGCCUGCAAGGAGGGAGAUCAUGGACCCUGGGUGGGCACAUGCCCUUGGUGCAGUGCAGUCGUUGCCAUGGUGGGUAGUAUGGGUGGAGCGGGGCCCUCUAAGAGCCCCAGCACCCCAGCUCUGACAGCAGUCCUGGCACAUUUCAUGGGGCAGGGAUAGCACAUGGAAGUGCACGCCGAUGCUUCCCCAUCUCUUGCCCGUGGCAGACAUUGCCAAUCCAUCAGAGCAUGCUCCCCCUAAGAGUCCUUCACAGGGUGGUCCAGGUACUGACCUCUGAUCAGCUGCCAUCAGCAGGACAAGGAAUCCUGAUAAGUAGGAUAACACUUGGCUGCCUGUGCCGCUCAUGCCGAUGGCGGGGUGAUCAUAAUGGAAACAUCUUUGGUUUUGAUGAGGCGUCCAGCAACAGGGGAAUAACGUUCUUGGGGGCACAAAACCAGACGUACAAACAGCAACCACCACCACAGACACUUGCAGCAUUUCUUUUGGUAGUUCUGCCUUUUGCUGCCUGAAUUGUCAUAGUAAGUAAUGAGCUGUGACUCAGGGAAAGCUCAGCUGCGGGGUGGCCCUGAUGAAGUGCGGAGGAUUGGGAAGCAGCUAAGGAAGAGGGUUUUUAUCGUCUUUCCCACAAUGUAAAGUGUUAUAACUAACAAGGCUACACAGUUUUUUUUGGUAUGAGAAAACCAGGUUUAUCUGCUGUUGUCAGUUCUAGAGUAUUGCAAACAACAAGAUCAUAGAUUUAAAAAAAAAAAAAAAAAAGGAGAGCUCAUCCGGCCGUGCCACAGGAGUGGGCCAGAGUCAGGGGUUUGGGGCUCCUCUAAGCCCCCAGGCCUCCACCUGUGGAAUCCUUCCCCUUUUCCAGUCUCCCGGUGGCCCUCCCAUCCCUGAGGGGGCUGUGGUCUUGGAAGCCCAGGCCACGGCCCUGACCAAAAAGUUACCUACACUCUGCUUAGGAUGCAGAACGCUACAAAAAGAUAUCAGUCCUACCCUAACGAUGAGAAGAAGCUAAUAAUCUACAGAGUCAUACCUCUUAGCCCCAGGUGGAUUAAAUUUCAGAGGGUGACAAGUCCCUAGAAGAGAGAGGGCCCAUGCACUCUUCUACCUCUGGCAGAACAUGGAAGAGCAUGGAAGAAAGUGGUCAACAGAGAAGCAGAAAAUGCAACUGAAAUUUUAACAGAUUUUUAAAGGUUAGGGUGACAAUUUGGAAUCAUAGGGAGCCCCGUGCGCAGGGGAGUCUACACCUGCUCAUCCCCUCUUCUCCACAGGCCUCCUCCGGAUGCACACGAGGAAUAUCUGGGGCAGGACAGGAGAGCCUCGACAGCAUCCCCGGGGGCUCCAACCAAGUUUGAGAGUGCAAAUUAAGAAAGCAAUACCUGUUCACAGUGCAUCAGGACAUAAAAUACCUGUACAUGAAAAAUUAUAAUGCCUUGCUGAGAGAAACAUGAGAAUAUCUAAAAGAAGCCUCAAUAUUGUUAAGAUAUCAAAUUCUCCCCAAAAUGAUCUAUAAAUUUAAUGUUUUUCCACUCAAAAUUCCAGCAGACUGCGUGUUUUUUAGAAAUUGGCAAACUGAUGAUAAAAUUUUUAUGGCAGAUCUAGAAUAUCCAAAACAAUUCUGAAAAAGAACGAAGUGGGAGGAUUUACACUACCUGAUUUCUAGGCUUACUGUGAAGCUAUAGUAACCAAGACAGUAAGGCUUUGGUGUAAGAAUAGACUCACAGAACAAUGGAACAGAAUAGAAAGUCCAGAAAUAGACUCACACAACCGUGGUUAGUUCUCAACAAAGUGCCAAGGUAGGUCAAUCAGGACAGGGUAGUCUUCUCAAUAAAUGAUGCUGGAAAAAUGGAAGAUCCGUGUGGAAAAAAAUACAUCUCAACCUUCACCUCAUAUCAUGUGUGAAAAUUGACUCAGUCAAAAUGGAUAAUCGACUUAAAGGUAAGAACUAAAACCAUAACACCGAGGAAAAACAUUUUAAAAAAUCUUUGUGACCUUGGGUUAGACAAAGAUGACACUAAAAGUAUAAACCAUAAAAGAAGAGCUUGACAAAUUGGACUUUGUCAAGACUAAAAACUCCUACUCUUCAAAAGACAGUGGUGAAAAAAUGAGAAGGCAAAAAACAGAAAAAAACGAAACCCCACAAGCUGGGAGAAGAUAUUUUCACAUCAUAUAUCUGAUAUUGGACUUGUAUCCAGAAUAUAUAAAGCGUUCUUAACCCGCCCCCAAAGAAUGGACAAAAGAUUUGGACACUUUACUAAAGAUACACAGUGACAAAUAGAUACAGGAAAAGAUGCUCAGCGUCAUUGGUUAUUAGGGAAAGGCCCAUUAAAACCACAAAGAUCCUACUUCCUACCCAUUAGAACAGCUAAAAGUAACAAGAUUGACCACAUCAAGUAUUGGGAGGAUGCUGGGCAACUGGAACUCUCAUACAUUUGGGUGGGAAUGCAAAGAGGUAGAGCCGCUUAGGAAAACAUUUGGACUGCUUCUUAUAAAGUUGAACAAUACACUUACCUACAAAUCAGCAACGACUGCCCUAUGUACUCACACAAGGGAAAUGAAAACUUUUGUCCACAAAGCGACCUGUAUGCAAAUGUCCAUUAACAACUUUAUUCAAAAUAGCCUUCAACUGGAAACAACCCAAACGUAUAGCAAAUAGUGAAUGGAUAAAUAAACUGGCGUAUCCAUACAACGGACAGAAUACUACUCAACAAUAAAAAGGCGUGAGCCACUCACGUGUACAUGCAUGCAUCAACACGCACAGAUACUCACAGCGUUCUGCGAAGUGAAGGAGCCAGGCCCCAAGAGACUACACACCAGGUGAGUCCCUUCACAGGAGAUUUUGGAAAAGAUAAAACCCUGAGGAAAGAAAACAGGUGACUAGUUGCCAGGGCUGGGGGUAGGAAGGAGACUGGGAGUGGGCAUGAGGGAACUUUGUGGAGAGCUGGAGAUGCUCUGUACCUUGAUUCUGGUGGUGGUUGCACACAUUUGUCACACACAUUUUCCUGUGUGAAAAUUACAUCUCAGUUAAAAAAAAAUUUUUUUUAAUCACAUAACCAGGGUAAUGGGAGACCUCUGUCACCCAAGAUCUCUGAAAACGCUGCACUGUUUUCCUGGGGAAAACUGCUCCCCUCCCCCAAUUGGACAGGGAUUCUUUUGACUCCCAGCAUCACCAUUUACCAGCUGGGUGGAACUGGAAGUUAUUUUACCUCUCUGAUCCUUAGACUCCCAUCUGUAAAAUGGGCACACUUUUUCCCUAUCAGAAUUGCUGAUCACUCCUUGAGCUGCUGAGUGCAGUGUCUCUGCCUCCCUAGGCUGUAGGCUGCUGGAGGAGAGGCAUGCUUUUCUUAUUUGUAUCUUUCUCUCUCCACCCCCUGCCUCCCAAAAGGCCUCAGCAGAGGCCUCCGGGACUCCUGGCUGCGUGCUGCUGGAAGAAACGUGCACGGACAGCCAGAGGCGCCUCGGCAAAUCCUCCGCUGCUGGGCGAAGGUCCUGUUCCUGCUGCCAGGACUCCCUGGGAGGGGGUGGCCACCAGGGCUGGCGGUGCCUCAUCGCUCCUGGAGAGGUGGAGGCAGCCGGGUGCCCGCCAAGAUCAGAGUCCCCCUGGGACAAGCUCAGGGAGGCAGGGGGCCUGGCUCCACACCAGCUCUUGGACCCACGUGCAGCCUGCCCGGCCACCGCCUCCCUUCCAGCCUCAGCUCCCUUAUUUGCAAAAUGGGAAUAUGGAACGACUCACAAGGUUGGUUUAGAGCAAAGGAGAAAGUGUCUAUGAAAGUGCUUAGCAAGUGAGGAAUUACUAUUGUUCCUGAAAAUCUGAUGAUGAAUAAUAACAUUAAAGAGAUCUU